AUGUUGCGCAAAGCAGCACUUGUGAGCGCUUUUGUGAGCGCUGUGUCUGCUGGCACAAUCCUCUGGGAUGGUCGCUUCAACGAGUUCACCUCCUCCGCCGACUUGAACAAGUGGUCAUGGGCAAAUCAGGUCGGACCCUACCAAUACUACAUCCACGGCUCCGGCGACGUGACCGAAUACGUCAACCUCUCGCCCUCGUACAAGAACCCCGCCGACGCUGGCAGUAAGCAAGGCGCCAAGAUCACCAUUGACAGCACGGCAAAAUGGAACAGCGAUAUGUGGCGGACGGAGCUUAUCCCGCAAAAACAGGCCGAUUCGAUUAGCAGCGGCAAAGUGUACUACCACUUCAGCAUUAAGCGCAGCUCGACCAAUGUGCCGAGUGCUACGAAUGAGCACCAGAUUGCGUUCUUUGAGAGCCACUUUACGGAGCUGAAGUAUGGGUGGAUUAGUGGAGAGAGCGGCACGAGUAAUACGAAUUUGCAGUGGUUCGUGGGUGGCCAGAGCAAGUGGAAGGUGGCGUUGGUGGCCGAUAUGUGGCAUAAUGUUGCUUAUGAGAUUGACUUCUCGGCUGGCCAAGUCACCUUCUGGCACUCGACUGGCUCCGACGCACUCACCAAGGCUGCAGGUCCUUUCUCCGCGAGUACGUCCUCCAACGGCGCUGACUGGCACUUGGGGAUCCUGCGUUUGCCGCGCUCAGGUUACGACGGAAGCGGUGCCGAGGACUGGUACUUCAGUGGAACUUAUGUCGAGAGCGGUACGCUCACCACUUCUGUCUCCAGCCCGGCAUAG